GCAAAAGCAAAAUAUAUCACGAUCUGUUCGACCCAAGUAGAACAAAAAAUUCGCCUUGCUUAUCGCAUUCGUCAUCAUAACGAACUACUAGGCAUCCUAUUAAAUCAACAAAUACACAGAUACUGCUACCUGAAGCUGACAAAAAAUCUUCCUUCACUAACAAAACGAUUUCGUCAUUCAAACGAAAAUCAUCCUCAAACAACAAAGAACGGAUCGUGUAUCACAAUCGUCCCUGACAAACAAGAUCACGAUAUUCACAAUCUCACGUUAUCACCAAUACAAACAACCUACCUUUCUUCUUCAAACGAUGGCUUUGAGGUACAAUUGCACGUGACGUCUGAGACUCACGAUGCGGAAUGUAGUAGUCAAAAUUCACUUGAACAAUCAAAACUUUCGGUAUGUGCUACCUCCUAUUUAAGGAGCAAGCAGACAAUGAAAAGAUCAUUUUUCAUUUUCUUGUGGUUCAUAUUCUUCGUUUCCCCUUUAGAUAUGUUUAAAUGAAAGAAAACGCCAUGUUGAAUCGAGUACGGACAAAUAUGCAAUGUACGCAAAUAAUAGUCAUGCGUUUAACUCUAUUUUAGCUGAAGAAUCAAGUGAUCCCACUUCACUGAGAAGAAUAGAAACAUCGUCAAUAUCUUCGUCAAAUAUCCUUGAAGAUACACGUAUUCAAAAUCAAAUUAGAUCAGUGAAAACACCAAAGUCUUACAGAUUUUCAUCGAUAUCAUGCAAAAAAACACCAACACUGAGAACUUUUGGUGAUAAAGGAUACGAACAGAAAUUUCUGAGAAGAGUGUCAUCAAGCAGAAAUAAACGUCGUGCAGAAAGAAAACCGUUACAUGACGCUGAUUAUCCUCGUUUACUUGAUGAUACUCAAACGACACAAUUAUAUAGUGAUCCAUUUGAAGAAUUAUGCGGUUGGCUACUCUCUUUGUUAGAAACGGGCAUAUUAAUACCCAUGGUCGAAAAACUAAAAGAAAAUCCUAACAUAUUAACAGAUUUUAAUUCAAGUUUAUUUUGGAAUUGUGUACCUGUACUAUUGAAAAAUUUAAUCGGCUCAGUGACAUUAAAUGAACGUCAAUUUGAAGAACUGAAAUGCGAUCACAUGUAUUAUGAUCUACUCAACAAAGACAUGUAUUCGACAACAAUGAAACUUCGACAUUCGUUCGGUAUCAAAAUUGCAGAUAAUUUCGAUUUGAAUAAAGAAUCAUUACAUGGUGAAAACAGUAUACAUAUUAUGAACCAAAUUAUUGUGCAAAACCCAGUGAAUGACGAAAUAAUUGCAAAUGUUAAUGAUUGUUUAUCAAAAUUAGUGGAUGAUGCUGUCUCACAAUCGGUAGAAUUGCACGGAAUGCCGAAUGCUUCUGAUGCGGUGACUUUAGCAUCUAAUUACUCCACAACACGAUCAAAAAUGUCCGGAUAUCAUCCAUAUACUGACACUUCGUUCAAUCAAAUCUUACUUGGUUAUGUUUUAUCAAAAUAUGCGAAACAAAACAAUCCAAUAGAUUAUCAGUUGAUAACGAUAUAUCCUGGUGAUUUUCAUUUAAUGAAGAAUUUAAUGAUUGUUAUUUGGGAUGUACUGGACGGUUCAGGAAUUGAAGUGAAUAUCGCACUUGAUCAAACAAUCGAGUGUAGUAUAAACAAAUUUGGGAAAGGACAUGGUGGUAUUUCUCGACGUUUCUCACAUGAUCUUAUUGAUGAAUGGGUCAAUACAUUUGCAUAUCGAGCAUUAUUAACAAAGCAACUCACGAAAUUUGUCAAGUGGAAACAACAAACAACACCAUUGAUUCCCACGUAG